AAACUGGACAGGAACUUUUAAAGAGUCUCCGACCUUCUGACCAGCCAGCUUUCUCUGGGGUGAUGCAUCCUGUCUCCUGAAACAUUGGAAAACCUAGUUUGGAAGAAGAGUAAAGAUACAGUUGAUGCUGAACAACAGCUGAGGAUGAAGCGGCGAGCAUCAGACAGAGGAGCUGGGGAAACAUCUGCUAAGGCAAAAGCUCUUUGUGCUGGGAUUUCUGGAAAUAAUGCCAAGAGAGCAGGCCCUUUCAUCCUAGGUCCUCGUUUAGGUAACUCCCCAGUGCCAAGUAUUGUUCAGUGUUUGGCAAGAAAAGAUGGGACAGAUGACUUCUAUCAACUGAAGAUCCUCACGUUGGAGGAGAGGGGUGACAAAGGAAUUGAAACCCAGGAGGAACGACAGGGCAAGAUGCUGCUGCACACAGAGUACUCUCUCCUUUCCCUUCUCCACAGUCAGGAAGGAGUGGUUCAUCACCACGGGCUCUUUCAGGACCGAGCGUGCGAAAUCGUAGAAGACCUGGAAGCCAACAGGAUGGUUCGGAAAAUGAAGAAGCGGAUUUGUCUUGUUUUAGACUGUCUCUGUGCUCACGAUUUCAGUGACAAAACCGCAGAUCUGAUCAACCUGCAGCAUUACGUCAUUAAAGAGAAGAGGCUGAGCGAGCGGGAGACAGUGGUGAUAUUCUAUGAUGUGGUACGCGUGGUGGAAGCAUUACACAAGAAAAAUAUUGUGCACAGAGACUUGAAACUAGGGAACAUGGUGCUAAACAAAAGGACUCACCGGAUAACCAUAACUAACUUCUGUCUUGGAAAGCACCUCGUGAGUGAAGACGACCUGCUGAAAGAUCAGCGAGGGAGCCCAGCCUACAUCAGCCCAGACGUGCUCAGUGGUCGGCCGUACCGUGGGAAACCCAGUGACAUGUGGGCCCUGGGCGUGGUGCUGUUCACCAUGCUGUACGGCCAGUUCCCCUUCUAUGACAGCAUACCUCAAGAGCUCUUCCGCAAGAUCAAGGCUGCCGAGUACACCAUCCCUGAAGAUGGGCGGGUUUCUGAAAACACUGUGUGCUUGAUCCGGAAGCUGCUGGUCCUGGACCCGCAGCAGCGCCUGACUGCCUCCGAGGUGCUGGAAUCGCUCAGCUCCAUCAUUGCGUCCUGGCAGUCCAUGUCCUCACUCAAUGGCCCUCUGCAAGUGGUGCCUGACAUUGAUGACCAGGUGGCCAACCCAGAGAACCCCCAGGAGGUGAAGGUGACAGAGGAGUGCUCGCAGUACGAGUUUGAGAACUACAUGAGGCAGCAGCUGCUCCUGGCAGAGGAGAAGAACACGCUGCAUGAGGGCAAGAGCUUCUUGCAGAAGCGGCAGUUUGGGAACAUCCCGCCCGUGCGGCGCCUGGGGCACGACGCCCAGCCCAUGAACCCUCUGGACGCAGCCAUCCUGGCCCAGAGAUACUUGCGGAAGUAGCAGCCCUGUGCCCACAGCACAACGCACCAUCCUGCAGUCUGCCGCUCGCCUCACCUGCCACAGCUCGACAGCAAUACCCGUGUCCCCUGGGAGAGAGCAAUGUAGCAGUUCCUCCAAGCUCUACGAAGGGACACACACUCGCUCUGUCAGAGGGAGAAGACUGAACAAGCUGGUUUUGGAAGCAGCAGACUCUGUGUCUUCUGGAACCCUUGUUUUUAAAUCCAAGCCUCGAUGACUAAUUGCUUUUGAUCAUGACUUUUUAAUCUACCUCUCUUGUCUUUGUAACCACGCUGCCCUCCGGAUCGAGCAGCAGCUCUGGGGAAAGGAGAUGAUGAUCGAGGGUGAAGGCGGCUUGCUGGCGCACGCGCUGUGGUGGGCUGCGUAGCGUAACAUGGAGAGUGGCUGAUUGCAUUUGCUCCAUAUGGUUUGAAUAAGCUUAAUUUUUAUCUGGGUUUCAUGGAAGUAGUAACUUCUUGAAGCCUCCCACUCCCCCCCCACCUCUGCAUCCAACCUUUGUUCUGUUUUUAACAUCCCACUGGUUUGAACACUCUUGUCUAACCCUCCUUGUUCUGCGGGGUCCUGGUCACAGUGCCACAGGGUCUGAAACAAGCUGCAUGCAAAUAUUUAACAGCCAUGUGCCCUUGGUCAGCUAAGGAUGAAGCUUGUUUUCUUGUCAGAGGAACCAAGUGAGACAAGAACAGCCGUUGCAGCCCAUCGCAGCCAUGGCCCAAGCUCUCAUCCGCAGUGCGUGGAGGUCUGGCAGAGCUCAUUUAGGCCCACUCUGGCUGCUUCCCCUGUGCAUACUUUCACCGAUUUUUUUUUUUUUUUUUUUUUUUUCCCCCCCCCCCCCCUUUAGCUUCACAAUAUAUGAUUUAAUCUAUUUUUUCAGUAGCUUAUCUGAGGUGCAGUCGAUUUUGCAUUAAUUCUGAGUUAGUUUUCACACUUCAUUGUGGUACAGAUCUAAUAUAUGAGUUACAAUGUGAACAAGUUCCCCAGAAUACUCUGUUUCGACCCAGCACAAGAGGCCUCCUUGUCAGCCAGUGCAACCUGCCCUCUGGGCCUAGCAGGAGAACUUGGCAGCCUGCAUGCACCUGGAGCCAGGGUGGAGGGGUGUCCCCAGUGCCACAUCUGGCCCCUGGACCAUGGUGAGAACAGGGUACACUGUUUCUGAGCCUCGUUUUGUGAACUGGAUGCCUGUCUUGCCAGAUAAACUGUUCUCACCACAGGGCCAGGGCCGAGGCCCUGGCCUAUCCCAGAAGCAUGUUCCUUCCCGCAGGUGGCACCCCAGACCCCGACUGCGCUGUGUUACCCACUGGCAUGUUGCCCUCCCCAGUAAUAGCGUGAUCAGCUUGAAGGCAGUGCUUUGACAGCCAGGGUCCCUGGUGUUGAGAGUGUGGCCAGGCCACACUGGAGCAGUGACAUGGGCAGAGGCUGGCGAGCUUUGCACUGGGGUGCAGUGGUUGGGCUGCCUACAGGAAAGGCUUCUUGCGAGCCCCGGGGCUGGGGCUGUUUCUCCAGUCCCUGCCCCAGGGCCCUGGCACCUACUGCCUCUGUAGGGCCCUGGCCUCUGCCUUCCUGGGGCUCAGCAGCCCGUGUCCUUGCAGUCAGUGGCCUCUUGUGCCUGGCCCUGUGCCUGGCCACUGGCCUGGGUCCUGCUGCCUUAGACCUGCCAGGGUAGGGGCCUGUGAACACUAAGGGGGGGGCCAGGCAGAUGGGAUGAGAAGUCCUGUUUGCCUUAUUUAUUGUUGUGGGGAGGGUGGGGGCGUGGAGCUGGGGCUGCCCCCCCACUUGAAGCAAUACCGCCGCGCUCGGGCUGGGGCCGGGAGGGCCCCUUUGUGUAAAGACCUAUUUUUGUAUGGACGAGCGCAAUAAACACUUCCCUCCCUGCA